AACCGGUCACGCUCUUUCGUCGCAAGACUGUAACGCUUUUGCUGCAUUUUACACAUGUCGGAUAACACACACACACACAUAUAUAAAACACCCAUGGUGAGAAUUUGAGCGAUAUCGGGGGAGCAGCCGGUACAAGCUUCCAAGAGAAGAAAUCGACGAUUUUCAACUAGGGGAGGCUUUUGGAAGCUUGUGCGACGUUCAAGUUCAGAGAUUUGAAUAGCCUUAAUUGUCUUCCUAGUUCUAUGUGGAUAAAAACAGUGGCCAUGAACCUGCAUGAUAAAGAUAUCCUUCCCAGAGAGAUUCUUCCAGUCAUUGUCAUUGGCAAUGGCCCCUCAGGCAUCUGUCUGUCAUACAUGUUGUCAGGUUACACCCCAUACCUGUCCCCUGAGAACAGUCAUCCUAAUCCCGUUCUGCAAGGCAAACUUGAUCAACAGCCUAACCUAUCUCUGUUGGAGCAGGACCUUGAGUACCUAUGUGAGGGUCUGGAAGGCCGCUCCUCCAACCCUGUGGCCGUGCUCUUUGACUCCCUGCUCCUGCCUGACAGCGACUAUGGGCUAGAACACGCCUCACCCCUGCUGUGGCGGUACGAACCAGAACGGGCAAUCCCACACCUGGUGCUGGGCAGAGGACCCCCAGGAGGAGCCUGGCAUGCGAUGGAAGGCUCCAUGCUCACUCUCAGCCUGGCUAACUGGAUGGAACUGCCAGGCCUGAAGCUGAAGGAGUGGAUGAGAGACAAGCGCAGAAACGUCCGCAAUGACCGAGCCACCCCUGCUGAGAUCGCUUCCUACUACCAGCAUUAUGUCAGCCAGAUGGGCCUGGUGGACAACUUUGCUUGCGGCACCACCGUCACCUCCCUGCGGAGAGUAAACUGUGAGGGGGCUAUUGGUUGUUCCAUGUGGGAGGUCCAGGGGACACAGAGGAGGGACCAGCUGGAGGAAGGAUGUCCGACCGAGGUCCCAUUCACUGUGUGUGCAGAGAACGUCGUCCUGGCAACCGGCACCCAUGACAUCCCGGCACGGCUGGGCGUGGAGGGCGAGGGUCUCCCAUUUGUAUGCCACCGCUUUUGGGAGCUGGAAGCAGCCAUCUCCAGUGGCCAGCUGGACCACACCUCGGACCCGUUGCUAGUGGUGGGAGCCGGGCUUACCGCAGCGGACGCCAUCCUAACGGCACAUCACCUCAACACCCCCGUGUACCACGCUUUCCGCCGCUCGGUCACUGAUCCGGGCCUUAUCUUCAACCAGCUGCCAAAGCUGCUCUACCCCGAAUACCACAAGGUCCAUCAGAUGAUGACCCAGCAACAACAGGAGCCACAGGACCAAGGCUCAACCUACUCUGGGGGUACGGGUGCCCAAAUGGACCAGCAAGAGAACAGCAACAACAUCUCCCUGUCCUCCGGAUCCUACCCAGGCUAUAUCAGCCUGCCAAAACACCGCGUGGUGGCCUUUAAGCCCGACAGGAAGUGCGUGCUGGAGGCGCAGGAUGGCCAUCGCACCGUGCUGCAGGUCUCUAUGGCUCUGGUGCUGAUAGGGGCACACCCCAACCUGUCCUUUCUCCCCGAGGACGGGAGGCCCCUCGGCCUCAAUCCCCAGGAGCCGAUCUCUUGCCGGCGGAACCCUUUGGACGUGGACCCAUACACAUACCAGUCGGUUUCAGAGAGCGGACUUUACGCCAUGGGUCCAUUGGUUGGUGAGAACUUUGUCCGGUUCCUCAAGGGAGGCUCUUUAGCCAUCGCUAGUGACCUUGCCAAGAAGCAGCGGGCUAAGGCAGAGGACAAUCUCACCACCAUCCGAGGUGCAAUCAGACAGGCAGAGUCAGUGUGUGUUAUAGACUCCUAAGGGUCAGGCGACGCAGGACUAAAUUGCUCCUAUGGUGUGCGUUACUGCAUAGGCAAGGCUUGCACUGGAAUGGGCUGGCUGGGGCUAGCCAAAGGACUGAGACGUGGUCUGUGACCAUACAAUACAUCUCCCAAUAUUAUCUCAUAGGGGACAAUACACAAAUCCCUCACCGGACUGGAGCCAGGGAGAAGGGACUUUUUUCUGGCUCGUGCUGCUUCUUUCGUCUUCUUUUUUUCCCAGAGCAGGAUAGCACAUCAGCUAGAUGUGUAGCUAAUCAUAUGGGUUGCAGCUGUGCAAGGGUAGAAUCCAAAUGUCCUUAUUUGGUUCUUAAUCAAGACUUGGGAGCAGGUUUAUACCAACCUGACCUGGUUAAUGUAUGAAAUGUCAAACAUUAUUUUAUUGCAUGGGUUUUCCAUUGUAAAUCCAUUUGAAAGUAAACAAUUCAGAAAAAAUGCAAUCUACGUUUGAUACUGUAUUUCUGUACAGGUUCUUUGAAGGCAGAAUAGUUUGGUGUUCCUUGUAUAUUUAUGCAACACUGUUUUGCCAUUCUUCAAUAUCCAAUGUCACAUUGUAGGUUGUGGUACAAUACUUUUCCCUAUUGCAGCAACAGUGCACUUCUGUCUUCACAAACUAGUGUGCCAAGCAAAGAUCAUUCCUUCUACUUGAAUGUCUCCCUUUCUAAACCUGUUAGAGGUUAAAUCUAGCUAUUUUUGAUAGAUUUUUUAAAUCUCUCCAGACAUUAGAUAUAUUUGUAGUAGACAACAUGGAUACACAGCAACAGCUAAUUACCGGUUUAGAAUCAGGCAAAAUUUUACAUUAUAAGAUAUUUAUAAAACACAAUUUGUUAGACCCAUAUGCCUGUUAUUGGCUUGUAUUUUCAACAGUCUGGAGGUCAGGUGGAGGGGAGGUUUAGUCACCAGUGUUUGUACAACCUGGACCCACACAUCACUCAGUGAAUAUUGUUUAUGUACAGAUUUACCGUUAGACAGAUUAUAUUGCUGCUUUCUCAUUUGUGUGGAUCUGGGUUGUGAAGAUGGAAAUAGUGUACUCUUGUUUUUUUAAGCUUUUGGGAAACAACUGUUGUUGUCACGCGUAGAGAGUUGUCCUUGUGUGCGAUCCACGUAUUCUCAUUUACAUGUUUGACCAGAUGGUGCCUCGGUCAAUUGCAUAUAAUGAGCUUCUGUUACUGGCUCAGCAGCAUUUGAUUUCAAGUCUGUGCCUUAAGACACAUUCUAUCAGUGGCUUUUAGCUGGUUGGUCAUAAUCCGAAAGUGAGGUGUGGGAGGUUUUGAAUGAGUUGCUGGCAUAAUAUAUAUAUACUCUAUGUAAAGUAUUUACUUCUGUGUGUAAAAAUACUCCAGUGUGAAUACAAACAACUAAUAUCAUGUAGAAAGUCUGUUCACAUCGACAUUUGUCAGUCGCUAUUAUCAAGCUAUUUAGUACAUCUUGUGGUUACAAACGACAUUAUUCAUCAUGACGAUGAACAAAAUUUUAUAAUUGAAAAUGGAAAAAUAUGUGAAUGUUGAUUCUCUUUUUUCAUCAGUUACAAAAUAUAUUGUCAGUGUAAAAAAAAAAAGAUUUAUAUGAUCACCAAA